AUGCAUUUCACAAAGACUAUCCUGGCUGUUGCCCUGGCCUUCGCGGUCUCUCCGAUCGCCGCUGCUCCUGCUGGAGCCGAAAGCGCCAUCGAGGCUCGUGCUAACACAGUCACCUGCAAGACCACCUUGAGCGGCAAAGCAAAGUCCUACACCGUCAGCGUUGACACAGCCAAGAGCGAGGCCAUCAAGAUCGGCUUCACCCACGGCAGCUCCAAGAGCGACUACCCUCACCCCUACGGCGACAAGGAGAAGCUGUGGGCCAAAGAUGUGAACGAACAGGGCAAAUGCAACAGCAAGAAGAACAUGCUCGAGUACCCCAUCUACUGGGUCGGAUCCAAGGAUACCGCCUGGAAGCCCGACGAGAAGAAGAACAAGCAGAACUCCACGCCGAUCCGCGUCGUCUACAGCAACCUCAACGGAGUAGUGCACUACUGCGGUGUGAUGAUCCACGAGAAGGUGGAUGCGAAGAAUUCGGGCUCUGGAGACUUUGUGUUGUGCAAGUAG